AUGGAUACCUCUAAUCCCAUCCAACGCUGGGUAUCGUACGCCCUGCCCGGCGCAUUCAUUCUUACCAGCGUCAUUUGCCAUAUCCAGACCGCUGUCUUCCACCCCGGCCUGCUCGUCAGCCACUUCGCGCGCUACAAGGAAAAGGCCUUUGCCAGCCUCUGGGCCAUCGGCGGGCUGAUCUGCGCCCGAGACACCCCCGAAUCUCUGGGUCCCAUCUUGGCCCAGAGCAGCGGCGUCAUUCUCGAUGUCGGCCCCGGCGCUGGCCACCAGCUGUUCCGCUUUUCGAACCCCCAGGGCAUCACCGCGAUCUACGGAGCAGAGCCGGGCGUGAGCAUGCACGCCGCUUUGCGGAAGCGCGCCAAGGACGCCGGCCUGGGUGACAAGUACCACGUCCUCAGCUGCGAGGCGAAGCUCGAGUCGCUAGUCCCAGCACUCGCGAAAGCGGGACUUCUCAAAACGGGCGAUGCCCACGGCGCCGGAGAGGCCAACACGCCCUUCGACGAGAUCGUCUGCAUCCGCGUGCUCUGCGGUAUCCCCAACCUGGACAGGGUGACGGAAGGCCUGUACAGCGUCCUCAAGCCUGGCGGCCGGAUGGUCGUGUGCGAACACGUGGUCAAUUCGGGGGACAGCACGAAAGGCGGCACCGCGGCGGGCCGUGCAUUGCAGAAGUUCUACAUGUGGAUCGGCUGGAGCUCGCUCAUGGGUGGCUGCGAGUUGACCAGGGACACGCUGGCGAGUCUGCACAGAGCCGCACAGAGGGAUGGCGGCUGGGCUAAGGUCGACGUCAAGCUGUGCGAUCCAUACAGCACCAUUCCGCAUAUCGUGGGGACAUUGGUGAAACGGAGGUAA